AUGGACGAUAUGCUGGCGCUCGCCCGCGUGCUGUCGAACCUCGUCUACCUCGAGAACCUCGCCUUUGUGCAGUCGUUCCCGCCACAGAUGCCCGAAGACAACUUCAUCUUGCUCAUGCCCUAUCUCGCGUCUAACUCGCUCCGGAAGCUGCAUUGGGAUAUCACAAGCCACCCGACGUGCGCCAUUGCCGCCGAUUCGAUCCUCGCCCGCAGCAUCGCCGCCAAGGGAUUCCCCGCCCUUCGUAUCCUUCGUGCGCCCAACGACCCCGAGGGCAUCUUCCAGGUCCUCUGCCGACCCCGAGAUCGCGUUGAUCUACCAGGUGACAGGUUCCGUCCCGUCACCCCCACGCGCGCAACAGGAGCGACAGCGCGGCUUGCGGCGCAGGCCCGUCUUGAGGCUGCGUGGCGGUUCCCGCGAUUCCACGUCAACGUCAUUGAUGAACGGGGAAUGCUUGUGGAUAAAUUCGGUCUCGCCGGAUUCAUGGGCACGGCCGAGAGCAAGAUUCGCUACGAUCUUAGCCCGGACCCGGGCGCUCGGGACGAGAACGGCGGGUUGAUUGAGAUUGGGGACGUGACUGGUGAUUGUGGAGAGAAGGAAGGCGACAUGUGCAAUGGCCGAUGGAACGUGCAUGCGACUCCGACGGACAAGAAGGACAAGGACAGGUGGUGGCACGUAGAGAGGGGUAGGUGGACGGGAGUUGAGAUGUGA